AUGGUGGUUGAAAUAGCUCUGGAAGAAAUAGCUGUCCACUUCAGCAAGUAUAACAAGAUUGCUGGCCUUUGCUGGAAGCAUUCCCACCUCAUCAACCCUGUUCUUCACACAUACAAAUCUGCCAUCACAAUCACACAGAAAAUUCACGGCAGUAAAGUCCACCUUGGGAAGGAGCUUAUGGUUAUUGGAGUCACGUGCUUCAGAGAAGACAAGCUUUAUCCUGUUUUAGCAGUGCCCACUUGCAAGAUAGAGAAUGCUGGAGAUAUGGAGAUCACACUCACUCAUGCAAUGGAACAGUGGAACAUACCCGGAGCCGCUGCAUCUAUUGGACCAGUGUGGUCCUUUGCGACUGAUGGUGAUGCUAUGUGUUGUGCAGUGGGGCACAAACUUUUUCUCAAGAAACUGUUGUCACCAGAGUCACCAUUAUACAGUAUACUUAACAACAUGUCUGGCCUGAACACCAUGACAGGUGAUGCCAAGGUGUUGAUUUUGACUUCAAGCACAUUUUCAAACAUGAGCUUUUGCACGCUCAUCUGUUCUGCUGCUGGAAUUGUACUCAGUAACAGUCGCGUAAUCAAUAGCAUGAUGCUCUCAAGGUACCUUGUCUGGUUGCCCGCAUAUGAUGAAGCCAGCAUUACAAAACUCCUCCACUCUGAUGAUCCUCAAGACAUCCCCCAGGCCAUUGAGUUACUGCAGGCUAUAGUCAAGUUCUCUAAGUCUCAGCACUCCCUUCUCAACAACUUAUUUUCAACUGAUGUCAACACACACACGGACUUAGUUUCAAUCACUCUCCUCAGCAAUUUGAUUGAAUCUAUUCUCAUCCCAUUCAUCAAUACGAAGCUUUCCCUCACAGAACAAGUUCAGUCCCUUAGUUGCUAUGCUCACCUUGCAUUCUCCAUUUUCCAUGUUCACCACUGUCUAUUCAUGCCUUUCCAACUCUACUACAACACUCAAACAUGUGUCAAGAAUGUCAUAUUCAAUAUUGCAAAGCAGCAACUUCUUGAUCCGUACGAAUCAUUCUUCCUUGAUGAUUGCAGAGACGAUUGGCUUGAACUCAUGUUCGGCACUGCUAAGGACAUUGAUGGCAUGUUCAAUCGGCACCCUGAACUCGAUCCUGGUCAUCGGCGCCUCAACCUGGGCAAGCAGAUCAAGGAUGUUGACCACAUCAAUCAGAUGAUGUGGAGGGGGGAUAUUAUCUCUGGUCACUAUGGUCUUUUAUCAGCCUGGAAAUAA